CGCCGGCUCAUAAAUGUCGACGACCGGCGGCAGCGGCGAGAUCCCAACCCACACUGCCCCGGCAAACCAGCCAGCAAAGCGCCGCGACAAGCCUCAUCGCUAUCAUGCAACACGGGUGCAACAAAGCCUAACCUUACGUAUAGCCAAAUGCUUGUGCGGAACCUUCUUGUCUCUCCUUCUGGUUGUAGGGAUCGUAGCCUUCAUCUUAUGGCUGAGCCUCAGACCACACCGGCCGCGGUUCCACAUGAGUAACUUCUCCUUCCCAGCUUUGGCCCAAGAUAACGGUAUCGAUAACGCUAAGAUAACGUUUAACGUUACGAUCCGAAACCCGAACCAGAAUAUGGGAGUUUAUUAUUAUACCAUGGAUGGUGCUGUGUAUUAUCGGGAACAGCGUAUCGGAUGGACGCCGUUAGAAUUGCCGUCAACGUUUCCGUACUAUCAGGAGCCGAAGAACACGGUUUGGAUAGUAGGGCAGUUGGAUGUGACGGAAGCCACGUUGGUAAUGAACACUGAGAGGUGGACGGCGUUAAUGGAGGAUCGGGCAACCGGGACGGUUUGGUUCCGGCUGGAGAUGACGUCAAAGUUCCGGUUCAAGAUCGCCAUGUGGGAAAGUAGGUUCCAUAGGAUGCAUGCCACCUGUCAUGUUGCGGUGGGACAGGACGGUCUGAUCUUGCCUCUCUCCAAAGAUAAGAGGUGCAGACUUUAUUUCACCUGAUGUGGAUUUUAUUUUAUUUUGUUGGGUAAACAGUGGAUUUUCUUUGUUUGUGGCCCGGGGGAGGGAGGCGGGGGAAUGUAAAGUGUGAGGCUUUGUUUGGAAGGUAAGAACAGAAAAAAUUGAAAUUAAGGAGAGAGAAAGAUCCAUAAAUCAAUUAGACAGAGAAAUAGGCAUGCGGUAAUCAAUAAGGCUCAGGACAAGGCAUCGAAGGGGGUUAUACGAUCAGUUUGGCUUGGUUAUGACUGGGUUGAAUCAGUUUCAAGAGUGGGAAAUGUAAAGUGUAAGACUCUGUUUGGAAGUCAAGAACAGAAUGCAACACAAUGGGGCUCGGGGCAAGUCAUCUAGGGGUGUCAAACGAUUAGUUCAACUUGAUUUUUGUUGGGUUGAAUUAAUUUCAGUUUGAAAAUGACUGAGAUCAAAACAAAACU